AUGUUAUCCUCCAUUGGGGACACUAGAUCCUCCAUUGAAGGUUGGGAAAGAUCUAAGGAGAAAGGUUUCAUAGAGAAGAUCUUUGAAGUGGUCUCGUCAAUGGAGAAGAGUGGGGAGCCAAGAGAUUCCAAAGCCCAUACGAAGAGGACCCUUGGCAAAGUCAACUGGUUGCUGGGCGACGCCAGCCAGCCGUUGGGCAAUGCCCGCAACAAGAGGGAGAAAGGGCAAGAGGCAGAGAUGGGGGAGCCCAGCUCCAUGGGCAAUGCCUAUCCUGUGGAGAGAGGGUGA